AUAGUGACGUUAGUUAAAUAUGGACGAGAUCUAUCUUUAACCAUAAGUAUUAAUCAUCAUCAACAUUGCAACCAAACAGUAACGUGUCAAAAGCCUUUAUUACCUGAAAAAUUGUAUUUUCUUUUUUUGUUCAUUUACUCCCGGCGAUUCUCUCUCUCUCUCUCUCUAAAAGAGAAGCUUCAGACAACUUUCUUGAACUCACUAGAUCUUAUUCUUUGUUAUUGUUCUCUGUCCGUAAAGUUUUCUACUUUUUCUUUUCCGAUGAGGUGUAAAAGACAUAUAGUUGAUUUCAGUAGCAGUAUCGGCGUCUGCGCUUCUUGUCUCCGUGAACGUCUCUUUUCCCUCGCCGCUUCAACCGCCGCGUCAGAAAGGAUCUCUCCUCCUCCUCGUCCUCUGGUGUUCCCUCGCUCGGUUUCUCCUUACGUCUCCGCUAGAAAAUCCGACGCCGGAAGAGGAGACAGCUCCCUAGCUUCUUCUCAAAACAGAUUCUUCCCAACGCCGCAAGUAACCUCCACCGCCGGAGUCGGAGGAUCGUCGGAAAAAAUCUUCGACUCCGGCAGAUCGUAUAAGAAGAAACAGAGCAGGCUAUCUCGGUUCUCUAGCUUAUUCAGGUCAAGAUCCGACGAGUUUCAAGACUCCUGGAUCGCGUCGACGUCGUCCACGUCGCGUUCUUGGCUCUCGAAGGUUCUCUCCGUCCGAUCGAAAAAGCCAUCUCCCAACGACACGUGCUACAUCGAGGAUUUGAUCGCUUCCGAGUCAAGCCAUCGACCAAGGCAGAGAUACUGCAGAGGAAUGUCACCGGCGACGGUGGAUUACGAGGAAACUCCCGAGAGAGUGAAAAGAACGCCGGCGGCGGCGAUGAUGGGAACUCCGGGGAGAAGAAAGACGGCGAUGAUCGGUACGGGGAUGGGUUUCUGCUUGAGUCCGUUAGUGAGAGCUAAACCUUCUAACUGGAAAGGGAAACUUCCGCCGGAAUUUGGAUACGCCACCACCGGGGAGAUGAAGUCUCCGGCGAGGCCUCACAUUUCGACGGCGGCGUCUUUUUGCGCGAGCCGGUCUAAGAAGCUUGUCGAUUUAGGACGGGUUGAUCCACGCCGUUGAUGUGUUUUUUUUUCGGUUUGGUCGUUAUAAGACCGUUCUAUAUACGUAAUUACUUAAAUACCCCUUACAAGAUUCAUAUGAUAGUUUUUACUAUACCAACAGAUAAUGAGUGGAAAUUUUCUCUAUAUUAUAGUGCAACUAUGAAAGUCUCAUACUCUCAUUGUAUAUUAAAACAGAUUUUACCUCGGAGAUUAGACGAAAAAAAAUCUAAGUGAUAGAUUUUAGAAGAAGAAAAAUUAACGUAUGACUAGUUCAGGUAUGAAUAAUAGUCAAAUAUUACAAUUUUUUCUUUUGAAGUAUUCAAAUCAAGAACCAGUGUGCUUUGAGUAAAUUUCAUUCUAUAUUAUAAUAACACUAUGAAAGUCUUAUUGUAUGGUAUUUUUGUAUGAAGUAUGGUAUUUUUUUUUUGAAUGAA